UAGCAGACAAAAAAAAAAGAAGAGAGAGAGAGAGAGGGAGAGAGAGAGAGAAAAAGAAAGAAAGAAGGAAAGAGAAGAAAGCGGAGCGAUCGGAGGGGAAGGGGGCCAAAACAAGGGGAGAAACGACCCGGGGGGAGGGUGGGGGGGCUCUUACCCAGGGUGGGGGGGCUCUUGUUUCUCUCUCUUUCUCCCUCUCUCUCUCUCCUUCUCUCCGCGGGCUCGAGCCGUCCUUCUUGGCCGCAGUCAUGGAGGCAGAUGGGAGUCAAGCCAUCUCGGGCAGCCCCAGCGACUCGCAGCACGACCCCGGUAAAAUGUUUAUUGGCGGCCUGAGUUGGCAGACCUCCCCAGAUAAUCUUAGAGAUUAUUUUAGCAAAUUUGGAGACAUUAGAGAAUGUAUGGUCAUGCGGGACCCAACAACAAAACGCUCCAGGGGGUUUGGUUUCGUUACAUUUGCUGAUCCUGCAAGUGUUGAUAAAGUAUUAGCUCAAGCUCAUCAUGAAUUAGAUUCCAAGACGAUUGACCCCAAAGUUGCAUUUCCCCGAAGAGCUCAACCUAAGAUGGUCACAAGAACAAAGAAAAUAUUUGUAGGUGGAUUAUCGGCUAACACGGUAGUGGAAGACGUAAAGCAGUACUUUGAACAGUUUGGCAAGGUAGAAGACGCCAUGCUUAUGUUUGACAAGACCACCAACAGACACAGAGGAUUCGGCUUUGUAACUUUUGAGAACGAAGACGUGGUGGAAAAAGUUUGCGAGAUUCAUUUUCAUGAAAUCAAUAAUAAAAUGGUGGAAUGUAAGAAAGCACAACCGAAAGAAGUGAUGUUUCCACCAGGGACACGAGGAAGAGCUCGUGGAUUACCAUAUACUAUGGAUGCUUUUAUGCUUGGCAUGGGAAUGUUGGGUUACCCAAAUUUUGUUGCAACCUAUGGCCGAGGAUAUCCUGGAUUUGCCCCCAGUUACAGUUAUCAAUUUCCAGUGCUUUCCGUGGGAUCUUCAAUCAAACCCAGUUAUCCAGGUUUUCCAGCAGCGGCCUACGGACCAGUAGCAGCAGCAGCGGUGGCAGCAGCCAGAGGAUCAGGGAUCCCCGAUUAUGGUUUCUAUUCUCCGCCCGGUGACCAACGGGCUCCAUUAUCGUAUGCGGACUAUGAUUCCAUGGGGCCUCGGGUGGCUCAGAUGCUUCGUAGCGAGCACCCUGCUUCAGCGAGUAACUCCCCCCUCCACCACCUUCCCAGCCCGGAUCAGUUUAAAAGCCCAGUCUUGAAUAGCUACAGUGCUCAACCGAAUUUUGGCGCACCCGCUUCCCCGGCAGGCUCCAAUCCAGCCCGGCCCGGAGGAUUUCCAGGGGCAAACAGCCCGGGUCCAGUUGCAGACCUCUACGGUACAGCCAGUCAAGACUCCGGUGUGGGUAACUACAUAAGUGCUGCCAGCCCCCAGCCUGGCUCUGGCUUUGGGCAUGGAAUUGCUGGGCCUUUGAUUGCAACGGCUUUUACAAAUGGAUACCACUGAAACGUUACACAGGGUUGGUUGCCAUCUCACUUGGAGAGUAUAUCUGGAUGUCCAGGCAAGACAGGGCGAAGUUUCUGAAUGGUUCCAUGUUUAGGUGACACGUCUUCAGACUUUGACCAUUGCACCAUCAUCAGUAACCCACACAAACUGGAGGUGACCCUCAAUGGAUAUGGGUUGUCCAAAAUCGGUAUCAUCUCAUGAACCUGCUGUACUAUAUAGAACAACAGCUUUUUAAAACAAAUGUGUAUAUAUAUAUAAUCCAUUUUUGUUCAUGUUAUUAUUUUUCUUGGAUGUUUUUUUCCCCUUUGAGAUCUAUUUUAAUCACUUUUUUGUAGUAUUUUGACAUAGGCUUAUAAUCAAAGUAGAUCUGCUACUUUGUGUAUUUAGGAAAACCCUAACCAUACUCUAUAUCUUAAAGGUUUCUUUGCUUUGCUUUUUAAUCCCUUUCUCUAUCUUUCUUUUUAUGUAAUUUUGUUGCUGAAAUGGUAGCAUGAUUUUCAGUUUACUGGUACCAAUUCUGAAGUUGAAAAGGCUUUUUCAGGUGGAAUUUAGCGCACGCUGAAUUUAGAAUUAGAGCAAGUGAGAAAAGUAAGUGGAAAUACUCUCUUUUAUGCUGGAUGGGAAAUAGGAGGCUGGCUCAGUAGCAGGAUCUCUAGCAGUUCUUUUUAUUAGUUAACCUAAUUAUAUCUAUUUUCGGCAAUAAACUAAGGACUACAAAGUUUUUUUGUGUCCUUUUUCUAUAAGUGCAUUUUUUUGUUGUUAAAAAAAAAAGAGGCGAUAAGGUUUUUUGAAAUUGUGAAAUCUAAAAGUAGUAAUACUGUAAAUACAAUUCCAUUAACUUGCAUAUAAACUAUUAAAGCAGAGAAAUUGUAAUAUUUUUGUGAUGGAGUCAGAUAAAGGCAGUUUCUGUAGUGAAUGGAAGAAAAAGAUUAAAAUUUGGGGCACACAUCCCAACAGAAUCUUCUCUUCUGCAAGACUUUUUAUAUGAAUGGAAAAUGCAUGAGGACAUUGAGAUCCUCAUUCAAUUCCCAUUUAUCUCGCCAGCACACACAGGGAACAUUUCCGCUGGAUUGUGCCCCAAUGUUUUUAAACUUGUGAGAUCGACUGCCAGAGCUGGCCCGUAGCAGUUAGAUCAACACUGUUUUAGCUUGCUCUGUAGAUGUUAGACCUUAUAACUGUACUAGCGUCAUACCAGCAUAUUAACUAGACCUCUGUGCACAGCUUUGAAGGUAACAGUCUAGUUACAUUUUUAAGUUUAAAAAAAAAACCCUGCUUUUCCCAAGAUUGAAAAAGCUACAUUUUUAAUAUUUAAAAGGUAUUUAAAGUUUCAAGCACACUUUUUUUAACCAUUUAGAUCACCUGACUGUCCAUCCAUCUCUGUCAGCCCCGUUGCCUGCAGCCUUCGCACCAAGCCAGUCUUGACGUCUUGGAAGCCCCCAGCUGUGGGGAGGGGCAGUUAAAAGCAUGCAUCUUCUCACCCUUUUUUACCCAUCCUUUUUUUUUUCCCAUUCUUUUCUAAUUCACAAAUUAGAAAAAAAAAAAGCAAAGGUUUAUUUUAAACAAAUCGUUAUGAAUACCUCAGUGCUACAAGUUUGUCACCCUAGAGGCAAGAGAAGCUUAAUUUAUUGUAGAUGAAAACAGAUUUGAAAAAAAAAUGUAUAAAAAACAUCAUUGCACUGUGACUGGUAGGGGAAAACUGACAAUUUCCGAUUUGCACAUGUUUAAUGUUUGGCUGUUAUAUAUAUGGUCCUCUGCUGGGGAGGAGACUUAUGAAGGAUAUUUUUUAAUUUAAUUUUUUAAAUAUGGGUCAAAUAGGCUGGCAACAGCAACUCCAAGUACAACACAGUAGGUGAUAUUACAAGCAUAACUAUAGUGUGGAUAUAUUCUUUUUUUAAGCAUUAAUAUUGACAAGUUUUAUUAAUAUUUUUUUAAAUUGUUACGUUUAUAAAUUUGGUACUCUAGGUACAGCCAGAAUAAGACACUGAAUGAGACAUUUGUUAAGAGAAAAAAAAAAGCUGCUGCACUCCUAUUUUUGUAAAAUUUUACUAACCGGUAGGCUAACAUAGAUGUUCAAUAGACAAGUUACAGCAAAGCAUCUUCGAUCACUCACGGAGGCACCACAAGGCGAACUGUAAGGAGGAGGGGAAGAAUCUUAUCAUUCCCCCAAUUUUUAAAGUAGACAGCAAAAAUGAGGUGUUUUGCUGGAGGGGAAUGGCUGUUAUAUGUUUUAAGUUUUUCUUUUCUUCUUUGAAAAAACAACCAGGUUUAAAAGCCAGAAUGCUGGACGCUUUUUAAAGUUAUUGAGACUUGAUCAAGUAGUUACACUAAAAAAAUAAUAAAAAUGAAAUGAAAUAAAUAGAAGGAAUUAAUCACAAACUAAUUCCCUGAGACUCGAGUGUGUUUUUACAAAAAAAGAAAAUUAAAAAAGAGCGAGAGAGGGAAAAAAAAAAGUCAGGGAUUUUUUAAAUUAUUAUUAUUACAUUUUAAUCAAGAUAGACGCCAUCCAUGUGCAGCCUAUCAGGAGUUCCUGAGGGUGAAUUUCCUUUUAAAUGAUGGAGCUCUCUUGGAUUUUCACAGAGCUUCCUCGGUGGAGUUUCUGGGAACGUGUGCCUGUACUGUAGACUAUCAUGUGUUUCUCCUCCUCCUCCUCCUCCUUCCUCGGUCUCUGGCACCUCAUAGAAGAUUCUUUGUUGAUCAUUGUUGUAUGUUAAUAAUGUAUAAAAAUGACUAUCUUGUAAGAGUGCUGUCCUGAUUCUAGUGUAGUGACACCCCUCCACACAUACCCUUUCUCUUCUCUUCCUCUUCCAGUACAUAUUGUAGUUGUAUUGUAAUUAAGGUUAAAUACAUAGAUGUAGUUAUUCAGAUUUAGGACCAGUAAGGAUAGAACUUUCUCUUAUUUAAGGCAAAAAGAAAUGCUAAUAAUUUGGGGGCAGGUUUUUGUUUUUAUUUAAUUUGCUUUUUCACUCUUUUACUUUCUGCUGAUCUCAUGUGGUUUCAAACUAACCAAAGGCUUCACAAUAUAGAAAGAAAAAAAGAAAAGAAAGAAAAAGAAAGAAAAUAAAUGUUGGCAAAACUACUGCACCAUUUUGCAGAUUCCCCCACCCUUCAGCUUUUAUAAAAAAAAAAGGGUGUGCCAUACUACCUUAAAUGCUAAUGCUAGAUAUGCAAAACUGGAUUUUUUUAGUUUAUUUUUUAAAAUAAAAAAGGGAAGCAUGGUAUUAAUGAAAUGAUUUUGCAAAGAGAAAAAAGUAUUUUUUUAAAAGAAAGAAUACUCCGAAGAAAAGUUGAUAAUCUCUGUGAAUAUGUUUUAGAUAGUUCUAUACCUUCUGGAUGCCCAGAGCACAACUUGUAGGGAACCUGUUAUAUUUUUUAGGCGACUGCCUAGAGUAAGGUUCAUUUUCUUCCCUCACUCAUCUAGACGCCCAUAUUAAAAGAUUUCAGAAUUUGUUUCCAUUUGGGGAAAUAAAUUUUAAAUGGGACAGUUCAGCUGCAACUUUAUUUGAGUCAGGAGAAGAGGCAUCUAUUGCCAUCCUAGCAUUGUACUGUUCCAAACCUCAUUUGACAAACAUUGCCUUUUGGGGAGGGGGGGGGGUGGGGGGGGGAGUCUGCAGAGAGGAAGUAAAAUUCAAGAUGGCAUCCGCCACAACCAAGUGAUCGUAGCCCUGCUCCAUUUGUAUGCACGUCGCGAUGGUUGGGGCUUUGAUCACAUGGUUGUGGACUCCAUUUUGAUUCUUUUAUGCCCUCUCAUCUUUUGGAGUUAGCAAAAAUCAAAAGUGCAGUUCAAUGGGGCAAAAUGCACCAUUAAGUAUAUAACAUAAGGGGUGUCCAACCUUGGCAAUUUUAAGACCUGUUAGACUUCAACUCCCAGAAUUUUCCAGCCAGCAUAAUCGAGGAAUUCCAGGAGUGGAAGUCCACAGGUAUUAAAGUUGCCAAGUUUGGACCGACUCCUGCUUUACCCAUUUCCAUGGAGAGCAUUGAAAAAUGCUAUUUUGUGCCUCAAACCAAGUUAUAUAUUGAUAAAGCAAUCGGGAUAUCAGAAACGCAGCAAGAGGUGUCAGAAGGAUUUUUUGAAAAUUAGAAGUCAUGUAGCAUAGUGAAAUACAUUUUGUUUUGUUUCUGUUUUUUUGCUACUUACUUGAACAAAAGGGCCAGAAUUUCACCCCUAGGCUGUUGGCAUUUUUAGUUCAUCUUGUUUUACUUCCCACCAAAGGGGGAAAAAACAACUUCUCAUCCAAUUUUAAGUUGGAAGUUGACUUGAUUGAAACGAAGAGCAAC